AUGCGCAGGUGCAACCGCCCUCUGCCAGUCUGAAAGAUGGCGGCCCAGGAUGAUGUUUACGCGGUUGUCGGGAAUAUUCCGCGCAGUCUUCGCUCUGCUGAUCUCCGCCAUCAGUUCUCACAGUUCACCGAGAGUGGUGGCUUCAGCUGUUUUCAUUACCGGCACCGGCCCGAAAGGAAGAGGUUGCCGUCCUCGACUGUAGCCAGGGCACCGGAGCCAGGCCGCAGCCCGACCUGCUGCUGUGUGGUUCGGCUGCCAGCUGAUCGAGCCUCCAGCUUUCAGCUGAUGUACGACGGCUGUCAAUGGCUGGAUAGGGCCGGAGACAGUCUGCAGAGCCACUGUUUCAUCCGUAUUGUCCGAACGGCGGAGAUUGCAGAUUCUCACCUCUUCUCAUACAAAACCAGAAAGGAACUUCGGAAUCGAAGAGCUCUAAGUGAGACUUUCACACCUGAGGAUUUGUCCAGAUUGCCAGAGUUAAACCCCCCAACGCUGAUGCCCAAUGGGAAUGUGGGAACGCCACUGAGAGUUUUCCUAGAAUUGAUCCAAGCGUGCCGUUUGCCACCCCGCAUUAUCACCAAGCUUGAUCUGAAAUUUCCCAAGACCACCUCAAACAGGCGUUAUGGUAAUGUUCCUUUUAAGUACCAGGACUCUGCUUCCUUUAAGUGUAUGGAGGCAAUAUAUACAGCUGCAGGAGAAAACCCACAGAGAGAUGUGUGUGCUCCUGUGCAGCAAACAGGAAAGAAGCAACAUGGAACUGGACACAGGAAGUCUUUCCAGACAGGAGAUGAGGAGGAGGCAGAGGAGUCUCAUUCUGAUGAAGACAAUGAUACAUGUGAGGAAUGGGAAAGAUACGAAGCACUCUACGAGGAUGUUACGACUCAGGAGAGGAUGAAGGAACGACUCUAUGAGGAAGAGAUUGAACUCAAGUGGGAGAAGGGAGGGUCGGGACUGGUGUUUUACACUGAUGCUCAAUAUUGGCAGGAGGAGAAAGGAGAUUUUGACGAGGAGACUGCAGAUGACUGGGACGUCGAUAUGAGUGUCUACUAUGAUAAAGGUGGCGGAGAUAAAGAUUCACAGGAUUAUGUGCAGAUGAGGCUAGAACAACGGCAGAGAGAGGGUGUGGAGAUUGUCUCGGUGCAGUCCCCACGUAUUGGAGGUUUUGAACGAUAUACUAAGGGAAUUGGCAGGAAGGUGAUGGAAAAGCAGGGAUGGAGAGAUGGGCAAGGUCUUGGCUCCAGUAAUUCUGGUGUGGCUGAUGCUCUGGACAAUGAUGGUCAGAACCCCAAGUGUAAACGAGGAUUUGGAUAUCACGGAGAAAGAAUCCAAAACUACCAGCCAGCACGCAAAGCACGUCAACAAACCAAGCACUUGAUUUCAACUGUGUACGACCAGCCUGAGGAAAUAGACCAGGGUGACACUCUGCUCCGUAGACAGCCAGUGAUCAGCAUGAAGUACAGAAUGGAUGUGCAGUUUGUCAAAGGGUCAGAGCUAAGCACCUACACUCUUUUACGCCAAUAAUAACAUUCUCCAGUUGUUGGUAUAUCCUUAGUGGAGUCUGGUACUUCUGUGAAAUACAGUAUUAGUCUUGGUACCUGCUGUGCCUUGGCACUGACAAUGCAACAAGGUGUAAUAUUCACAGGUGCAAACCAUGGUCCAGGUUCCCCAACCCCAUCUAACAUUGACCAUACAUCAGCAUACAACCUGGAACAAUCAUACAGUAAACAUGGUCUCUAAGCAAUUGAGGGACUGGAUGAAGUUCUAGCAAAAUGAUCAGAGGAAGAACAGUAACAACUCUUGGUAUUUAUAUGCCUUUGCUCUAGUGGAAAGAUAUCUCAACCAUGCUUCCCAGAAUCAUUAUCAGAAAAUUAUUGUCUUCGUGUUAAAGGAGAACUUGGGCAAGCUGAAAAGCUUGGAGAGGAGAUGCACAAAAGGCCAAGGUGGAAGGCAUGAUGAGAUUUGAACAGAAGGUUGAAAAUUAUAAUUCACAGGUAUCAUAGAACAUAGAAAGUUACAGUGCAGUACAGGCCCUUUGGCCCUUGAUGUUGUGCUGACCUGUGAAAUUAA